CCAACCUGCAAAAUAUCGGGCUUUCUAUUGACAUGCGCUAGAACGAAUUGGCCGUUGAGACUGUCACUUUCCGCCAUGGCUACCGCGCUCCUUCAUAAUUCUCCCCGUAGUCUUUGUCCUCCUCGUCGGGGUCUCCUCCUCCUUAUUCCUCUUGUGAGCCCCACCAUCGCAACAAGAACCUUCGCCUUCAGACGGUCCGCUGCUACCAGAGAUGAUGACCAUGCAUCGGAAGACGACUUGAGUGCCGCGCGCCAAUGGCUGGCUAGCUUCAGCUCCAAGUCGAUCCCGCGUGACAUCUGUGAAAUCUCCUUCAGUCGUUCCGGGGGUCCUGGGGGUCAAAACGUGAACAAGGUCAACUCGAAGGCCACCCUCAGAGUGCCGCUUGAUGCUCUACUGCCUUUGGUGCCCAGGGUCUUGCAUUCUCCGCUUCAAGCGACCCACUACAUCGCACCCAGGACUCGCAGUCUGGUCAUUCAAUCAGAAGAAUCACGGAAACGGACUGAAAACGUGGAGUCAUGCUAUGACAAGCUCCACCAGCUCAUCAAACGAACCGGAAUGGAUGCUAUUCCCGGAGAAACAUCUCAAGAACAAAAGGACCGAGUACACAAAUUGCAGAAAGCCGCAAACGAGUCCCGCAUCAAAACGAAGAAAUUUCUCAGCAGCAAAAAAAGUAGCAGGAGAGGCAGUAGAGACGACUAAUAUGAUGCUAACUUUUCCCUC